GCAUCCUUAGCCGGAGCGUGUGUGGCGGGAGCCCGGUAUGUCCCAGGCCACCAAGCGGAAGCACGUGGCGCGAGAGCGGCUGCUCGGCGACCGCGUCGUGCCCUCGGGGCGACAGCAGAUCGUCAGGGUUCUGGGCACCCCCGGCAACAAUCUCCACGAGAUCGAGACGGCUCAAGGCCAGCGGUUCCUGGUCAGCAUGCCCUCCAAAUACCGCAAGAACAUCUGGAUCAAGAGAGGCGACUACCUCAUCGUGGACCCCAUUGAAGAGGGGGAGAAGGUGAAGGCCGAGAUCUCCUUCGUCCUCUGCAAGGACCACGUCCGCUCCCUGCAGAAGGACGGGCUCUGGCCUGAAGCCUUCUCCGCGGCGGCCGGGAAAUCCGACAACAGGAACAGAGAGGCUGACGGCCGGGCCCCGGCCGGGCCCCGCUCCGCCGACUCGGAGGACGACUCCGACCUCUUCGUCAACACCAAUCGGGUGCAGUACGAGGAGAGCGAAGACAGCCAGGACGACGACGACAACGAUGAGGAGGACGCGGCGACCUGAGCCGGAGGCCCCCGCCGGCCUCGGCCGAAGGACCGGGACCGUUGCCCGCCAGCAGCGUGUA